CCGCGCAGGCCCCGCCCCCCAGCCCCCGGCCUGUGCGGAUCAUGCCGCCUGCGACGCCCCUCGCGGCCGAGAAACGGUAGCCGAGACGGUUGGCUCUCGAGUUACGCGCUUCCUCCGCGCCCCGCCGACCGCUGGGACCCGCGCCGCCUCGCCGCCGUGCGCGGCUGGGAAGUGAGGAGUGAAGUCGGCGCCGCCUGGGACGGGGGAGUGGAGCUUCCCGCCCCGGGCAGCGGCCAGGCGGCUCCGCGGUUGAUUAUGGAAGAUUCCCACAAGAGUAACACUUCAGAGACUGCAUCUCAGCCUGGCUCAACAGUUCCAGGAACUCACAUUGCUCAGAUAGUACAUCAGGUGUCAUCGUUAUCAGAAAGUGAGGAGUCUCAGGACUCAUCUGACAGCAUUGGCUCCUCACAGAAAGCUCACGGGAUCCUGGCCCGGCGCCCAUCGUACAGGAAAAUUUUGAAAGACCUCUCGUCUGAAGAUACACGGGGCAGAAAAGGAGACGGAGAAAAUCCCAGCAUUUCUGCCGUCACUUCUAUGUCUGUUCCAACCCCCAUCUAUCAGACAAGCAGCGGACAGUACAUUGCCAUUGCCCCAAAUGGAGCCUUACAGUUGGCCAGUCCAGGCACAGAUGGAGUACAGGCACUGCAGACAUUAGCCAUGACAAACUCCAGCAGUGCCCAGCAAGGGACAAUCCUCCAGUAUGCACAGACCUCUGAUGGACAGCAGAUACUUGUCCCGAGCAACCAGGUGGUUGUACAAACUGCAUCGGGAGAUAUGCAGACCUACCAGAUCCGUACCACACCAUCUGCCACGUCACUCCCACAGACUGUGGUGAUGACUUCUCCUGUGACUCUUACUUCUCAGACAGCAAAGACAGAUGACCCCCAGCUGAAAAGAGAAAUACGGCUGAUGAAAAACAGAGAAGCUGCCCGAGAAUGCCGCCGGAAGAAGAAGGAGUAUGUGAAGUGCCUGGAGAACCGCGUUGCUGUUCUGGAAAAUCAAAAUAAAACUCUAAUAGAAGAGCUAAAGACUUUGAAGGACCUUUAUUCUCAUAAAAGUGUUUGAUUCUUUAAAGAGAAAGUAUUUUUGUGGACUUUUAAGCUUAAAAAUUAGGUGAAUUUCUUUUUAGUGGAGUUCUAUAAAUUCAAAGGUCAAAGAAGCUACUUUGUAUUAGGCUUUCACAAGCUAACAUGACAGGGUGAAUGGAGAUGACCUUCAGGAAGCUGCUGGCUCAACUGGAAGCUCCGAAGAGAGAGAGUGCUCAAGGAAAUGGACUUUCAGCAGUUCAGAUUGAAGUCACACUUAGCAAUAAAAAUGGCAGGUGACAUUAGUGAAGCAGUCACUUCCUGCUAAGUCUGUAUUUCUCUGUUCCCAAAACUUGCCUUUCCGUGUGUGUGUGUGUGUGUGUGUGUGUGUGUGUGUGUGAGAGAGAGAGAGAGACAGAGAGAGACAGAGAGAGAGAGAGAGAGAGAUUUCUGCCAAUAAAUUUAAAUUACAAAUGUAAAAGAAAGCAUAAAGCUUCAUGAAGUAUGUAAAUUAUGUGGUCUGAUUGUGUUGUAUCGUCAGGUGUGUUAAGAGUUUUUAACAGUUAAUUUUGUUGGACUCGCUUGUUUUUGGAGAUCUCCUAAAGGACGUGGAGAUCCAUCAUCCUGUGGUGGUGGU